AUGCCAUCUUAUAUGAGGCCGAUCAUAGCAGCUUUGGCUGCUGUACCGUAUACUGCUGCACAGACCUUUACCAAAUGCAAUCCUCUAAACACAACAUGUCCUCCGGACCCUGGUCUGGCAAACUAUACAUUUCAUACUGACUUCACGACCGGCGACUCAGCUUUUGAUUAUUGGAAUACGACUUCAGGCUCUGUAAAUAGUACACAGCAAGGCGCUGCAUUUGUUAUCAAUAAACAAGGAGAUUCUCCCACUAUACAGACAGAUUUCUAUUUCUUCUUUGGUCAUGUCGAUGUUAGGAUGAAAGUCGCUAGUGGCACGGGUAUUAUCAGCAGCAUAGUAUUCUUGUCUGAUGACCUUGACGAGAUUGACUGGGAGGGAAUUGGGACUUAUAACUAUGAGAUCGAAACCAACUACUUUGGCAAGGACAACACCACGAGCUACGCGCGCGCUACAUAUCCCAACGUCACCACUCCAUGUGACGAGUUCCAUAUAUACAGCAUUGACUGGACUCACGAACAAAUCCAAUGGUUCGUUGACGGAGAUCUCAAACGCACACUUGCAUAUGAAGAUGCACUCAAUGGCCAGAACUUCCCACAAACACCCAUGGUGUUGAGACUCGGUAUCUGGGCUGGCGGUGACCCCAGUGCAGGCGAGGGAACAGUUGAAUGGGCAGGCGGCGAGACGGAUUUUAGCGAUGCUCCUUUUACGAUGUAUGUUGAAUCGGUCAAUAUCACAAAUUACUAUCCUGCUGAGUCCUACACCUACGGUGACACCACCGGCGCUUAUGCUAGCAUUGUCAAGUCAAAUUCAAGCAGUACUAGCAACUCCAGCGAGACAGCGUCGACGAAAAAGAAUGGGACUACCACACUCGAUACCAACAGUGCUAGUUAUACUGGCUCAAACACGUCAUCAAGUGCCGCCUCAGCAAAUUCCUCGGUUGCUACUUCAACUGCCGGCUCUGUGGUUGCAGGACUGACGAUGAGCCCUGUAGCUGUCAUGUCGGCUGCUGUUUUGUACUUAUUCAUGUAA